AUGCCGGCUCCCCCGAAAACGGCGGCGGUGACGGUCACUGUCCCGGGGGGGUCGCCGGCGUCGUACGCUGAGGUCCUCAGGACGGCGAGAGAAAGGGUCUCUCUCGCCGCCUUGGGAGUGGCAAGAGUAUCUUGCAGACGGGCUAUCACCGGGGGCCUCGUGAUAGAGGUCCCCGGAGAUGAACAGGGAGAGAAGGCGGACUUUUUGGCGCGGCAGGUAAGUGCCGCGCUGGAGGGUUCCGGGGUGCGGGUCUCCAGGCCUGUCAGGUGCGUCGGGCUGCGCUUGGUGGGCCUGGAUGACUCCGUCACCCCGGCGGAGAUCAGGGCCGCCAUCACCGCGGACGGUGGCUGUAGGGAGGGCGACGUGACUGUCGGGGAGAUAGUCCGUCGCCCUCAGGGAAUGGGUGUGACGUGGGCGCGGUGUCCGGUGGGCGCCGCGAACAAGAUUAUAAAGAAGGGGUUUUCCUUCCUCUAG